AACGACGUCAGUACUGUUAACCCCCCUCAACAGAGCCUGUCGAUACCACAAACGUUUUUUUGGGAUAGUCUGUAUCGAACAGAAUUCGACGAUUAAAUCCGAUAUAAUAGUAGUUAUUAGUUCAAGUGGAAACGUAGGAACGUGUGCAAGAGAAAUAGGGGAUGGACCUGAAAGGAAAAGUAGCCCUUGUGACCGGAGGCGCCUCAGGGUAUGGCAGGGAAUAUUGUAUAGAGCUACUAAAACAUGGAUGUAAGGUUUCCAUUUGCGAUAUAAACUCAGAACUUGGCGAAGAUUUAUUGCAUGAAUUAGCGAAAGACGGAAAAGAUAGCGUAAUAUUUUGUCCAUGUGAUGUUACUGAUUAUCAACAAUAUGAUGAGGCUUUUCAAACGACUAUAUCAAAAUUAGGAGGUGUCGAUAUAGUUAUAAACAACGCGUCCGUAAUGAACGAUAGGCUUUGGGAGUUAGAGGUGGACGUAAAUUUGAACGGGGUGAUACGAGGGUUGCUCCUGGCGUUUCGGUUUUUGGGUAAAGACAGGGGAGGUUCGGGUGGUGUUGUCGUAAACGGCGGUUCCAGCUGUAGCAGCCAUCCGCUCGUUUCGCUUCCGGUUUUUACGGCUACCAAACACGCCGUCGCCGCCCUGACUCGAAGCUACGGUGAUCCAUACCAUAUGAAUUUAACCGGAGUACGUGUUAUAUCCGUUUGUCCAACUCCUCCAGAACGAGUAGUGUUAUCCGGCGAUUCGAGAAAGAGGCUUUUAAGUGGUGAAUAUGAGCAGGCGUGGAAAAAAGAUAUUUCUGAAACCAUCCCGGUCAAAUCCGAAUAUGUUGCAAAAUGUGUUAUCGACUUGAUAAAAAAAGCUCCAAGCGGAACAAGUUGGUUAAUAGAAAAAACAAAACCCCCUCAGGAACUAUCAAUUUUUCCUUAAGGAUACAACAAUCAAAAGCGUCAUUCUUAUGAUAUGAAAAGAAAACGAGAACCUCAUUUGGACAACAUGAGAAUUCCACUUUUAAUUGUAAGUUGAAAUAGCCACGCUUCGCCAACGUCUCAUCUCUCCCUAUCACCUAAAGACGUUUUUGUGUUCCCAAAUCGAAUAAGUUCCGCGGACGUUCAACGCCGCGCCACACCUAUAAUAAUCUAAUCUACUAUUUUAUAAUGCUAUAUUUCAUCGUUUGAACGUACGGGAAUUUGUUCGAGUCGCGUACGCUUUUUAUACUUUGACGUAUAUUUUAUAUAUUGAUAUUCGAGUUUGUUUUUGUUCUCGAGAAAACUAUCUCAAGGUAUCUAUUGUAAUGCGUAAUAAUCUUUAAUAAAAAAUUAUCUUGAAA